GUGAGCAGGAGCAUCAGAUCAAGCAGCAAGGAGCAUCUCUUACCGCAGCAGAGGAGGCAACGACCACCACAUUCACUGCUACUGCUGCAGGGAGAGAGUGAGCAACAGUCACUUUACUCACACUUAGAACCAGAGACUUUUAGCUGCAUCUUCCAGAAAAACAUGAGACUGCCGUGUUGCGCCUCACUGCUGCUUCUCUUCUGCUCCCUUGUUCAGACAAAUGCAUUCACAACAUGUGGACCCAACCAGUUCCAGUGUGGAAUUGGGAAAUGUAUCACAAUGAGAUGGGUGUGCGAUGGUACAGAUGACUGUGGAGACGGCACAGACGAACUUCCUGGUACCUGCUCGGCUAAAACAUGUAAACCGACAGAGUUCAGCUGCGCAGACCGCCUUAACCAGUGUAUACCGAGCAUCUGGCGCUGCGAUGGAAAAGCCGACUGUGAGAAUGGAGUUGAUGAGAAGAGCUGUGCGCCCAGGCAGUGCACAGACUCGGAGUUCCGCUGCUCGAAUGGCCAAUGUGUGUCGUCCUCGUUCGUGUGUGACGAUGAGGCAGACUGUGACGAUGUCAGCGACGAGGCCUCCUGCCCGCCCACCACCUGCAGCGGCGCAUCGUUUCAGUGCAACAACUCUGUUUGCGUUCCUCGCCUGUGGGCCUGCGACGGUGACGUCGACUGCCUCGAUGGCUCGGACGAAUGGCCCCAGAACUGUGGCGCAAAGACUCCCACCUCUCCUCCCCACGCAUGCUCCUCCCUGGAGUUCCGUUGUGGCAGUGGAGAGUGCAUCCAUGGUAGCUGGAAGUGUGAUGGAGGUGCUGACUGCCAUGAUCGAUCCGAUGAAGCUAACUGUGCUCAAACCACCUGCCGUCCUGAUGAGUUUCAAUGCGGUGAUGGUUCUUGCAUCCAUGGCAGCCGCCAGUGCGACCGUCAGUAUGACUGCAGGGACAUGAGUGAUGAAAAUGGAUGCGUCAAUGCAAUCCACUGUGAGGGCCCAACCCGGUUUAAGUGCCGCAGUGGGGAGUGUAUUAGCAUGGAGAAGGUGUGUGACAAGAGGCGUGAUUGCAGGGAUUGGUCAGAUGAGCCUCUUAGGGAAUGUGGAUCCAAUGAGUGCCUGUACAACAAUGGCGGCUGCUCUCAUAUUUGCAAAGACCUAAAGAUCGGCUAUGAGUGCUUGUGUCCUUCUGGUUAUAGACUAACUGACACCAAACGCUGUGAAGAUAUCGAUGAAUGCGCCAACCCAGAUACCUGCAGUCAAAUCUGUAUCAACCAAAUGGGCAGCUACAAAUGCGAGUGUGAGGAGGGUUACCAAGUUGACCCAGCGACCAAAGCCUGCAAGGCCAUAGGUACAAUCGCCUACCUUUUCUUCACCAAUCGUCAUGAAGUCAGAAAGAUGACUCUGGACAAAAGUGAAUACACAAGAGUUAUCCCCCGUCUAAAGAACGUUGUGGCUCUGGACAUGAACAUGGCCACCAAGGAGCUCUACUGGUCAGACAUCUCCCAGAAGAAGAUUUACAGAGCAUCGAUGGACUCAGCUGAAGACUCCAGUCUUCACCGUACAGUGAUCGAUAGUGAUAUUGAUGCUCCUGAAGGAAUUGCCUUCGACUGGAUCCAUGGUAACCUCUACUGGACUGACAGCGUUCGCAGCACUAUCUCGGUGGUCACUGCUGACGGCAGCCGCCGCAAAACUCUAUUCCGCCAAAACUUACUGAAACCCCGCGCUAUUGUGGUCGACCCCCACAGCAACUUCGUUUACUGGACUGACUGGGGGAAUCCAGCUAAGAUUGAGAAGGGAGGUCUUAACGGAGUAGACCGCACUGCUCUGGUCACUGACAACAUCGAGUGGCCUAAUGGCAUCACAUUGGACAUGUUGAACCAGCGACUCUACUGGGUGGACUCUAAGCUGCAUACCCUCUCCAGUAUCGAUGUGCAGGGCGGUGGUCGACACACACUCAUCAUCGAUGAACACAAGCUAGCUCACCCACUGGGACUCACUGUGUUCGAGGAAAGAGUGUUCUGGACAGAUGUCAGUAAUAGCGCCAUCCUCAGUGCAAACAGGCUGACGGGUGAUGACAUCGCUCCGCUGGCGGAGCAUCUGUCAUCACCAGACGACAUCAUUCUCUACCAUAACCUUAAGCAACCUGCUGGCAGGGACUGGUGUCGGGUGAACAAUGGCGGCUGUGAAUUCUUGUGCCUGGCAGCUCCUCAAGUGGGCAGACAUCCUCCCAAAUAUACCUGCGUCUGUCCAGACAACAUGAUGCUGGCCAGGGAUAUGAGGACAUGUGUGCCUGCUGUGCCAACAACUGCAGCUCCUGAGCAACCUCAAGUUUCGUCUACCCGCCCCCCUCGUCGGCCGCCAGUGCUACCUAGUACCACACCGAAACCCCAGGUCCGCACCACCACCCCAGUGCCUGUCAUAAUCACCAGCACCGUCGCUAAGCCAGUGCUGCAAACCACAAAGCCUCCAGUCAGAACCACAACACCUGAACCAAAGAAGCUUGAACCCAUCCAGACCACCACAGAGCCUCUGUUCACCUCUACAGAUGUCGUGCAUAAAUUUGCAGAAGCCAUAUCCAAGACUGCCUCCAGCACCCCGAUAGCUCUUUACAUCGUCUUACCUCUGGCAGUCCUUUGUCUGGUGGCUGUUGGAGGUGUUCUGCUGUGGAGGAAUUACAGGUUGAAGAACACCAAUACAAUUCACUUUGAUAACCCCGUUUAUCAGAAAACCACAGAGGACCAAGUGCACAUUUGGAGGAGCCACAGCCCUGAUGGUUACUCCUACCCAAAAAGACAAGUUGUGAGCUUGGAUGAGGAGGCAGACAAUCCAGCCUUCACAGAAAACUGAAACGUGUCGGCCAGAGCGGAAGGAGGAGCCUUGACGAUAAGCUACCUUUAAUGUCCUUCAGCAUUUUUACCUCACACAGCACAAAGAUACGGAAUUCAAAGCCUGUAUCUGAUAGCCUUCAACCGCUAUAUCCUCACAGAAGAACAAGCGCUCUGCAGUGGAAAUAUCAGGCUGAAACAUUUUAUUUCCUUUAAGUUAACAUUUGAUGUUUUAUCCCUCAAGAAAACAUACCAAAUCCUCAGUCUAUUCUUUUUAACUUUACUAUAAACUGGAGAACUGUCUUAAAACUGCAUAUCUUGCUUUUCAUGCAUAAUUUUAGCUUAGUACAUUUGAUUCAACUUCUAAAUUGUUAAUUUGUCAAACUCGUGCCAAGACAUCAGUAAUAAGUUCUGUAAAUAUCACUGCUUAGUAGAAAACGACAAGCUGUUGAUGGAACAUUAUUAUAUCUUGCACUAUUUGUAAUUUAAAAUAAUAGUUUUGCAUUUUGGAGCAGGCAUAGUUACUUUUUAAGCCUAAAGUUAGAUGAGAAGAUGUGAUACCACUCUUAUGUUUGUGCAUUAAAUGUAAGGCUGGAGCCAGGAGGUGAUUAGCUUAGCUUAGCAUAAAGAUUGGAAGCAGCAGGAAGCAACUACAAUAGCGUAGCUCUGUCCGUUAUGUCUUGUUUCUAAAUCAAAUCACAGACAAAAUUCGAAAACCACACAGGUUUGGCCCAUUUGGACAGUCAAGCUAGCCAUUUCCCUCUGUUACCAGUCUUUUAUGCUAAGCUAAGCUAAUUGCCUCACAUCUUUUGCUCCUGAUGGGAAUCUUCUUGUCUAAUUUGUGGUAACAGACUAACUAUUACUCUAUGUUUUCUCGCCGUUCACUGAAAACAAGUCCUGACAAACAGUAUCACUGAAUCAAAUUUAAACAACAAGCUCAACAUUUUGGGAAAUGCACCUGCUAAUUUGUGUUCUUUCUGACAGUUAGAUGAGAAGAUAAGCUAACACCUGCUAGCCUGCUGGCUUAGCUUAGUUCAGAGACUAAGUAGCCAACCAAGCUCUGUUCAGUGGGAAUAAUAUUACCACUAAGCAUCACUUGUCAUGCCUCAUUACAGUAUUGAUGUUCUUUUUUGUGGAAUAAACAAAUAAGAUGUGUUAGUUUUUAA